GCGGAGCUGAGAAGAGCAGUCGGGCGGGCGCGAGCCGCGAGCAAACGAGGAGGGAGAUCGCGACGACGGUUGCCCUGCGAGUGCUGUUGCAGUUGUGAAGGGUGCGGAUGCGCGACGAGGGGCGAUGAGCGGGCGACGGCCCUUCGAGGAGCCCUCCUAGCACCGCCAUGUCGCAGAGAGACCUGUCCGAGAAUGAGUUGGAGGCGCCGUCGGAGCUGCCGGCCGCCAACCGGCUGCUGUUCUUGGAGAAGGUGCGCCAGUCGAACGCCGCUUGCCAGGCCGGCGACUUCGGCACCGCAGUCUCCCUCUACACCGAGGCUCUGCUCAUUUCCCCGGGACACCCUGUCCUCUUGUCCAACAGAUCCGCGGCCAGGAUCAAACUGGGUGACUUUCAGUCUGCCCUUCAAGAUGCGUUGGCUGCCAGGGAAACAGAGCCGCGUUGGCCCAAGGCCUACUACCGACAAGGGGUGGCCCUGCAAUGCCUCGGCAGACACGGCGACGCACUGGCCGCCUUCAGCUCAGGCUUGGCCCAAGAUCCGAAAUCGACGCAGCUCAUCAGCGCUUUGGUCGAGGCCGCCAUGAAGUCCCCAUUGCGUUCCACCCUUGAUCCGACUUUCCGCCAACUGAAAGCAAUGAAGUUGGACUCGUCUCCUUUCGUCAUCAUUUCUGUGGUUGGCCAGGAACUUUUGGCCGUCGGACUCUACGCACCGGCAGUGGUCGUGCUCGAGGCGGCCCUCAGAAUCGGCACCUGCAGUCUCAAACUUCGGGGCUCGGUUUUCUCAGCUUUGUCCUCAGCGUACUGGGCGUUGAACUCUCUCGACAAAGCAAUUAGUUACAUGCAACAAGACCUCGCUGUGGCCAAGAGCCUCGGAGACAUUGCUGGCGAGUGCAGAGCCCACGGAAAUCUUGGCUCGGCCUACUUCAGCAAGGGCAGCUUCAAAGAGGCGCUGACCUCGCACAGAUACCAGUUGGUGCUUGCCAUGAAGUGCAGGGACACACAGGCCGCCGCGGCCGCUCUCACUAGUCUGGGCCAUGUGUACACGGCCAUUGGCGACUACCCAAACGCGUUGGCCUCUCACAAACAGUGCGUGCAACUGGUCAAGCAGAUGGGCGACACUCUGCAAGAAGCGCGAGAGAUUGGAAACGUUGGAGCCGUUUAUUUGGCCAUGGGAGACUUUGACAGUGCUGUUGACUGCCACACGCAGCAUUUAAGGUUGGCCAAACAGCUUGGAAACAGAGUGGAAGAGGCCAGGGCGUACAGCAACUUGGGCUCGAGUCACCACUUUCGACGCAACUUCGAACGAGCUCUCGCCUUCCACGAACACGUCCUCCGCAUUGCUCUGAAGCUGAAAGACCGUUCGGUGGAAGCCAGGGCGUAUGCAGGACUGGGCCACGCAGCCAGGUGCAUGGGCGAUUACACGCAGGCCAGGAGGUGGCACGAGAGGCAACUCGACUCUGCCUUGGCCACCAGAGACAGGGUCGCCGAAGGGAGAGCCUGUUCCAAUUUGGGCAUUGUUUAUCAACUGCUAGGAGACCACGAUGCUGCCCUCAAACUGCAUCAGGCGCAUUUGGCCAUUGCAAGAGCCCUUGGAGACAGAGCGGGGAUGGGUCGAGCGUAUGGAAACAUGGGCAAUGCCCACAGUGCAAUGGGCUACUACGAACAAGCAAUAAAAUUGCACAAACAGGAGUUGACCAUCAGCAAAGAGGUCAACGACAGGUCUUCGGAAGCGUCGACGCAUGGCAACCUGGCUGUGGCUUACCAAGCUUUGGGCAUGCAUGAAAAAGCUUUAAUGCACUACAGAGCGCACCUGAACAUUGCCAGAGAACUGAAGGACGCCGCUGGUGAGGCAUGUGCGCUGCUCAAUCUGGGAAACUGCCACAGCUCUAGAGCAGAAUUCUCUCUCGCAGUGCCUUUUUAUGAAAACUAUUUAAUGCUUAGUCAGGAAAUGCAUGAUGUUGAAGGCGAAGGCAAAGCUUGCCACCUCCUAGGCUAUGCUCAUUACUGCCUAGGAAACUACAAGGAGGCGGUGAGGUACUACGACCAAGACUUGGCCCUAGCCAAAGAUUUGCAGGACAGAAAUUCGAUGGCCAGGGCUUACUGCAAUCUUGGUUUGGCCCAUUUGGCUCUCGGUGCCCACGCCACAGCUCUGGAGUGCCAAAAGUACUUCCUUGCCAUCUCUCACAUGACCAAAAACGCACCUGGGAAAUUUCGCGCUCUCGGGAAUAUGGGAGAUGUUCUUGGAAGGUCGGGAAACAUGGAGGAGGCGGUCAGAAUGUACGCCCGGCAACUUGCUCUUGCCAGAAAUAUUGGCGAUCGAUCUUUGGAAGCCGCCGCGUAUGGUGCUUUGGGCAGAGCAAACAGAACGUUGGGCUUUUUCGACAAAGCACUCGGUUUCCACACUCAGGAAUUAACGCUCAGACAGGAAAUGAGUGACGUCCGCGGUGAGUGCAGAGCUCACGGCCAGCUCGGAGCUGUGCAUAUGUCCCUUGGAAAUUACACACAUGCAACAAAGUGUUAUUCCGAACAACUCGAGAGAGCCAGAGAGGUUGGAGAAGCGUCUUUGGAAGCUCAAGCCUAUGGAAAUUUGGGCAUUGCAAGACUGAACAUGGGGCAUUAUGAAGACGCCAUCGGCUAUUUGGAGCAGCAGCUGGCCACUUUAGAGCCCCUUUGUACGCCAACUUCUCUUCUUGAUAAGGGCCGAGCACUAGGAAAUCUCGGAGACUGUUACGAAGCUCUCGGAGAUUGGGAGGAGGCGAUUCGAUGCCAUGAACAACACUUGACUCUGGCCAACCAACUGCACAGCCCCAGAGAUCAGGAGCGAGCUUAUCGAGGCUUAGGAAAUGCACACAGAAGCUUAGGAAACCUGCAGCAAUCCUUGGUCUGCUUUGAAAAGCGCCUCGUCGUUGCUCACGAGCUUGGAAAUCCAGACGCAAAAAUGGCUGCUUAUGGAGAUCUAGGGCAAGUGCAUGCUGCCAUCGGACAGUUUGAGCCUGCUGUGAGUUGUCUGCAGCAUCAACUAUCGAUAGCUAGGGAGCUUGGCGACAAAGCUGCUGAAGGCGAAGCUGCCAGUGGACUUGGAACUGUCCUUCAAAAAACAGGAGACCUUGAAGGCGCCUUGAGACAUCACACUCUGCACCUGGCCCUUGCAGAGGAACUUGAAUUAAGCUCGGCGCAGGCCAAGGCGCACGGAAAUCUGGGUAUCACACAAGAGGCCCUGGGAAACAUGAUGGAGGCGCAGCAGUGUUACGAAAAGCAACUAGAACUAUCAGUGCACACCAAUGACCAAAUUCAACAGACCGCCUCUUACAGUUCACUUGGUCGAGUGCAGCACGCCCUUGGAGAUUCCGGAGCAGCUGCCAAUACGUUAGCCAGAGCUCUAUCCCUGGCUCAACUUCUGGGCCGCAGGGAGGAGGAAGCCAAAGCUCGUCACAGGCUAGGCCUUGCACUAUGGGCCCAGGGUGACAUUUCUGCAGCUGCGUCACAAUUGGAGCGUUCGUCGGCAAUGCUCGAGACUCUUCGCAAAGAGGCCAAAGACCCCGACGGACGACUAGCCUUGUUUGAUUUGCAGACAGCGUGUUAUCAAGCCUUGCUGAAAGUGUUGGUUUCUCUUGGCCGCUCUUCAGAAGCCCUUUUGGCUGCUGAAAGGGCCAGAUCAAGAGCCCUGAAUGAUCUUAUUGAGCAGAGAAGAGGAAUGACUGUUGGACAAAGAAGUUCAGCGUCUUCCGAGGUGACCCCAGCAUCACUCCAUUCCCUACUUUCGAUUGUUGACCACCAAAAAGCCGCUGUCCUUUACUACAGCAUUUCUGCUGGAUGUCUCCUGAGCUGGUGUCUUGUACCUGGCAAAGGAGUUGUAAGGUUCAGCGAGCAGAACUUGGACAAAGAUGACGAGGGUUCAAUUUUAGAGAGCUACAUUCAAGCUGUGAGAGAAACUUUAGGAGUUGAACUGGCAACAACUAGCAUGUCCAAAGGGCUGAAGGGCAUGAUGGCCUUGUCGUUGAAUGACGGAGGCUCCCAGACUGGCAGUUCUGAAACUGAAAUGACUGAGUUGUGGAGUCAGCACCUGGAGCAGCUGGGUGAAAGGCUCAACCACGACGGAGAUCGCACUGGCUUUUUGAGGAUGGUUAACAGAAAUCAUGCGUUUAACUGCUCCAACUACAGUUUAAGCAGCUUAUUCAGCGUGGCUAGUGGGCCUUCAACGUCAACCCCAAGCCGAGCAGGCUCGCAGAGGUCGAGGCGCGCACCAUGGCAGGGACCGGCCUGUAUUUCUGCUCUUUACCACAUGCUGAUCGCACCUUUUGAUGAAAUUCUUAUUCAAAAUGGAAGCCGAGAUCUAAUUUUGGUGCUUGACGGCGAUUUAAUAUUGGUUCCAUUCCCUGUCCUGCGUUCAUCCGGCACAUCUGAUUACCUUUGUGAGAGAUACAGCAUGCUGGUGGUUCCUUCAUUGAACUCUCUGUCUGGAAUGACCUCAAAUGCUCAGCAGCAAGCUCGACUUCAGAGAAGAGCCAACAAAACUUUGACUGAACUUGGCGCUCUUGUGGUCGGAAACCCAAAACUCCCUGCCAGUAUCACAGAGCAAUGGGGCUGGAAUAAUUUGCCUCUUGCCGAACAAGAAGCGCUCAUGGUCAGUGAGCUGUUGCAAACGUCGUCUGCUCCUGCUCUUUCCCCAUCAGGACCUACCCUUCUUGUCGGAAGAAAUGCUUCAAAGCAAGCAGUGCUCUCAAGACUGACCACAGCAGACUGCAUUCACUUUUCAACCCAUGUGUCUUGGCAACUUUCUGCAAUUGUUUUGGCACCUCCAUCUCCAACAACAAUUCAGGUGGAAAUGUCAUUGAACUCGCAAAAAAGAAUUGCUUCUCCCGAAGAAAUGGAUCCCGAAGAAGAAGGUUCAGAGCCAAGCUCGGAGCCUGCGUCCUUGUCAGAGUUCCUUCUUACUGCUGCUGACCUGGUUUCUCUGCGCCUUAGAGCAAGACUAGUUGUCUUGAGUUCAUGCCACACCAGAGAGCAACAAACCUGGGCUUCAGCAGAUGGAGUUGUCGGACUCACCAGAGCCCUGCUUGCCUCUGGAGUCCAAUGUGUUUUGCUUGCUCUGUGGCCCGUGCCAGACACGGCUGCAAAAAUUCUUUUGAGAGCAUUUUACUCAGCUCUCCUUCAGGGCGCAAGAGUGAGUCGAGCCCUUGCAGAGGCGAUGACGACCGUUCAGCAUACAAAGCACUUUGCUCACCCAGCGAACUGGGCUGGAUUUGUACUCGUUGGAGCUGAUGUGCGCAUCUGCUGCAAAGGAGCCUUAGUUGGUCAAGCGCUAGGACAAGUUUUGGCUCGUCCUGAUGAAUGCCGAGAUGCGUUGAGGGUUUCACUUCACCUGAUUGAAAAGUCUCUGCAAAGGAUUCAGAGAGGACAGAAAAACGCCAUGUACACUACUCAAAAAUCAAUCGAAAACAAGGUUGGGGAUAUUCCUGGAUGGAGAGAACUUUUGGUGGCUGUUGGCUUUAGAUUUGAACCCGCUGCCCAUGGAAUUCCGGCUUCCGUUUUCUUCCCUCAAAAUGAUCCUGGGGAGCGUCUGUCGAAAGUCAGUUCAUCUCUACAGGCUCUAUUAGGAUUGUCAGCAACAAGUCUGCACGCCUUAUCUCGUCUGCUGAGUAACAGUGAAGCAGCUCGAGAGUUGAGUGCGGUACUUCGAAGAAUCCAAACUUCUGCCAAUCCUGCAUCUGAACUUGAGGGAUCUUCCUCAAGCUCGUCGGCUUCUCAAACUGGCUCAGUUAGCGGAUUCUCGACUUCCAGCACAGUUGAAGCAGCACUUACUGUAAAACUAUGGCGAGAGCCUGGUGUCCACGAACUUCUAGCUUCAUUAGGACUUGAUUUGAUGGAAGUUGGCCAGAAUGAGGUGACUCUCAGAACUGGAAAGCAGGCGUCACGAAGAAAUAUUCAGUUUGCACUUACAGCCGUCAACACACUAUUUGAAUCUGACGAAUCUCCAAGAAGUGCCAGCCCAGACUGGUCAUCUGUUAGUGACGAAGAGGGAGAAAUUGAAGAGUCAGACAACUUGGAGCUGAGCCAUCCACUUGUUCCUGCGCCAGGCCCAUUGGUUCCCCAAAGCUCAACCCCUCUUGCUCCUCCACUUCUUUUGGGCAGAAGAGGGGCAUUCACUAGUUACGUUAGAAGGCGAGGAGAACCUGACGGGCGGACGGCUGUUGAAACCGGAGUGACACAUUCAAGGGCCAGUGGAGGCAGAGAAAGCGACGCUGCUUUCACUCCUAGUCCGGUAGAGCCGCCAGCUCUGGCCCUCUCCUUACUGCAUCAGACCAAAAUCAAAAACCUGUACACCCCAACCUCAAGUACCUCAACCACAGGACGCAGAAGGCCAGAUUCGUCGAGCAGUGCCAGCAGCUCGGCCACAACUGCAACUACUACAGACUGGGAGGGAGCUGCAACUUUGACAAUGGUGAGGCGCCACGCGCCUUUGCCAAAGGCCUCUGCUCCUCCACUUCCUCCUACUAAUGCCCCUGCCUUACCACCUCCGAGACACGGCUCGCACAGUUCGGAUUCAUCGGACAUUACGGCGCCGCCACCUCAGAGAACCACCAGACUCUCCAUUGCUCCCGAGACUCACUGCAUUCAGGACCAUAUAAUUGCCACCCAGCUGAGGCGCUUGCAGCACCAACUUGCCCCCAUCUCUGACGUUUACCAUGAGAGGAGACUCGGCCUUGGUUUGGCACCUACAUUGAGUUCCUUGCUGAUGGAGCAGGCUGCGGAGCAACAAACUCCCUCAGUGGUUGAGAGCUCAAGUUCCACAUCAGGCCGAGACCAGGGUGACGGAGGCCUGUGCUCAUUGCUUGAAGAACUGGCUGCCGAGAACACGGAUUCGUCCAGUACAAGUGGAACCAGCAGUAAAUUGCUUCUGAGCUCGAGAGCAUUGCUCUUGCAAAGCAAAGGUGACCUUGUUUAACCUGAACUUCGAUGACACCGAAAGUUGAAACUCCUGAGAAGCCCAACAAUACAAGGUAAAUUAAUUGCCACCCCGAACAUGUGAUAUAUAAAGUCAUCAAGAGCUCAUUUGAUUUUUGCUGACAACGCCAUCACGCUACAUCUCAACGCGUUUUAAGGACAAUAUAUUUUAUUUUGCAUGAAUAUAUAUAAAAAUAAAGUGAAAGAAAGAAAAAAUAUAAAGCCUAAACAAUGAACGUACAA